CUGAGCAGCCUACAGAGACAGAGACAGAGGGAUUGAGGACUAAUUGUACCUUCCUACCUGACUGCAACCUUUCUUCUCUUCCAUCACACAAUGGUGAACUCCAUGAAGCUCUGCCCGAUGAUGGUCACUAUGGCAGUGUGUGCAUUGAUAUGUUUGGGCAUGGUAGCACAAGGGUAUCCCACAAAACCAGAAAAUCCUGGAAAUGACGCAUCACCCGAAGAGAUGACAAAAUAUCUGAUUGCACUGAGGCAUUAUAUUAACCUGGUAACAAGACAAAGAUAUGGGAAGAGGGACAGCCCAGCUGAUAGUCUUCUGUCUGACCUUCUUACUGGGGACUUUGAAAAUUACAAUAGCAGAUCAAGGUUUGAUGACUCUUCCUACAAUUGGUGACCAAUCAACGCAUCUGCCCCUCUCCUCAUUGGCUGACAGCUGCCCCUUCCUUCUUUUUAAUGUAUCAAUUAUUUUUACAUCACAAUGCAUUCCGAUGGACCCCGUGUCACAUGUCCCUCCCCAGCAGGGUGUAAAGAGAAGGCUGCGAUGCCCUUGCGAGAUGAAAUGUGUGUGAGCGUGUGUGUGUGUGCACGUGUGGGUGACGUUAUGUGUGUCUUUGUGUGUUGCCUCUCCCAUGACACAAAGUCCGUGAUAUUUCCAGAAUUAAAAGCAAGUUUAAUGGAACUAA